UCUAAGACUUUCAAAUAUUUAUUCUAGGUUAUGUUAGAAUAUAUCUACUUUUUAAACAUUUGUUUGUAAUUUCUACGAACAACUGUAAAAAUGAGGGAUUUAUUUAUAUCGGGAUGUGAGAAAAAUUUUAUACAUAGAAUAAUUUCUGAGGGUCACCGUUUAGACGGAAGAAAUUAUAAUGAAUGUCGAAAUCUACAAAUAUCAUUUGGCUCGGAUUAUGGCAGUUGUAUAGUAUCUCUCGGAGAAACAAAAGUACUAGCCCAAGUGACUUGUGAAGUAACACAGCCAAAACAAAUUCGCCCCAAUGAAGGAAUUCUGUAUAUAAAUGUUGAAAUAAGCCCAAUGGCUGCACCACAGUUUGAGGCUAAUAGGCAAACCGAUCUCACAGUGUAUCUCAAUAGACUUAUUGAAAAAUGUUAUAAAGAUUCUAAAUGUAUAGACCUGGAGUCCUUGUGUAUAGUUGUAGAGGAGAAGGUGUGGUCACUAAGAGUGGACAUUAAAGUUCUCAAUCAUGCUGGCAAUCUCAUAGAAUGUGCUAGUAUUGCAGCACUCACAUCUUUAGCACAUUUCAAGCGCCCCGAUGUAACAAGAAUUGGUGACAGUGUCAUCAUACACACAUUGGCUGAGAAGGACCCAAUCCCAACAGUACUAUACCAUUAUCCAGUUUGUUUGUCAUUUGCUAUUUUUCAAAAUAAUGUUUUGUUAUCAGAUCCGAGCUUUAUAGAAGAAUCAGUAUGCACAAGCACUACUGAGGAAGGUCAAAAUGCAAGUGGGGGAGUUUUAGUAGUUGGAAUGAAUCAGUAUAGGGAAGUGUGUUUAUUGAAUUUAACUGGAGCUGCUUUAUAUGACUCUAAUAUAGUACACAAGUCUAUCAAAAGUGCAGCAGACAGGUGCAAGGAAAUUGUUGAUAUUGUAAAGAAAUCCAUAAUUAAAGACGACACAAUGAGACAAAAACGUAUCAAAAUCAAUUUUGGUGACAUAAUAACAACAGACCACAUUCUAUCACUCAGUCAGAAAGCCCUCAACAUUCGUCUUAAGAAUUAUAAUGCUGAUAUGCCAACAUGUAUGGAUGAAGAAAUGAAGGACUUUGAUGAUGAAGAAAUGAAAGAACUUGAAGAUGAAAAGCCAGAACUGAGCAAAUAUGACGUUAUACAAUCACUACCACAAACUGCAGAAAUAAUCGCAAAGAAAGGAGCAACAACAUGGAUUGAGGUUUCAUCAGAAUCAGAUGAAGACAAUUAAAGAUUAGUGAAUUUUGUUGAAAAAAUGUAAUAACAUUACAUUUGACAGCUUUUUUAUAAUUUCUUAAAUGUAACAAACAAUUGCAUUUCCCUCAACAUUGUAACAUUUUGUCAAUGAAACAAAAUUUUGUGUAAAGUGUAAUAUUAAACUUAAAUACAGUAUUAAUAAAUUAGUUUUUAUUUGUAAUGUCUUAAAUUAAAUCUGUAGCUAUAUUACAUUAUUUUCCUGUUGGGCUGAUUCAUGUCUUACCACUAACUUGUUCAAUAAUUCCCAACAUGAGCAAUACCAAAUAUUUGCCUAAAAAUAAAUUUACACAUUACAAAUAAGCAUUUAAUUAUUAGUGUAAUAUAUAGCCAAUUUGUUUUCAUUAAUGUGAACAGAUUCAUAUCAGAUACAAAACAUGCCCAAAAAUUCAUUGCAUUUGUCCAAUUUACAAUUUUGGCAUGAAGUAAUAUACUUCAAUAUAUUUAUGAUUCACAAUUCAUACAUUUUUGCCUCUGUUGAAUGCAGAUUGAAAAUUUCAUUAAGAAAACUUGAAGACCUGUUGAUCUAAUGCUAAUAUUAAAACUAUAAUGUUCUAUAAAUAA